AUUAAUUAGUGAAAUACCUAAUUAACUUAAAGAGUAAAGAUGGCCAGAAGUGGAGAAGGGGGCAGUCUGGGUGGACACAUAGUUCCAGCUAUCUUUUUCCUGGUCUAUGGCAUCUGGUGGAUCAUUGCCACCUUCUGGCUCUAUUUGAGUCAAAAGUACAACUUGAAGAUCAAGCAGAAAGGAUUCUUUGACAUUGAGAACAUAGCAAAGAAGUCUUACAUACCAAUAUGUCUCCUUCCAUUGUGGCCAAUUGAACCAGUUCUGAAGAUACUCUUUCCUUCAAUGGGUAUCAUAAUGGAGGCUUUCUUUAGAGUGAGGCCCAAUGACACUGAGCAUGACCAGCACUAUGAGACUGGAGUUUGGUCCAUGUACAACAGUGAUGGCUCCUUUGCUAUGCUUGUCAAACUACACCAUAUCACUAUGCACCUUUGCUUCAUAGUCUCUGGUAUUGUUGAUCUCCUCUCUCUUUGCAGUCGUUAUCCCAAACACACCUCAAAGCUCUUCCUGGCUCUUGCUUUCUUUGUUGAAACGUUCCUGUUCUACUUCCACAUUCAAGAUGAUAAAGACCGGAGUCAAUUGGAGGUUCUGAUGCACGAGCUCCUCAUAUUCAGUAUUGGGGUUUGUGUGGUGUUUGCUGCCCUAAGGAUGGUGAGAUCUUCUAACAUACUAAUCAAUGGAGGAUUAGCUGUAGGGAUAACACUGCAAGGUACUUGGCUCAUUGAGAUUGGAGUUGUUAUAUUUGGUCCAGUGGAGUGGAAAGAUGUACAUAACAACAACAUGUUCAUUGUGGCUUGUUAUGUCUGGCACUGUAUGUGCAUUAUAGUUGGCAUGUUCAUACUCUUCACUGCAAUGGAGUAUGGAGUGCAGCGAUACACUAGAAAGAAACAAGUGUACCAGCUUUUGGAUAAAGAGUGGGAGGAAACUCAAACAUAAAUUAAUUAAUUAACCUCAGCAACAUCAGUUUUUACAUGUUUAUUUUGCUACGCUAAUUAUGGACACUCCCCCGGCUAAGAUGGCUAGGCUCAUACACAUUAUGAAUAAAUUAUUUGAUGCAGCAUUGCUCAUAAAUGUCAUGGUUAUUAUUCUUCAAAAAAAUAAUAAUGUUUAUGAAAAA